AUGAAAACUCACCGGAAAUUCACGCCAGCCAAAAUUCCGCGGUACCUACCGGGACAAGUGGCAGACAAUUACUUGCAAGACGAUUUAUCAAGCUUCAAUAUUCAUCGACUCCGCGUUUUCAAUGCUAAACCUUUAGUGGAUUGUCGUCCUCCCAAACUGAACCCAUUCACUUGCCUGAACCGUAAACGAAUGCUGGAAGAUGCAUUGCGCUGUAGACGAAUUGACAAAGACAAUAAGGAGCUGUUGAAGAAAAUCACCACAAUAAAUCGAGUUGGGAAUUUUGCUUUAUUUCAACUGCUUAAAGAUCCAUUAUCUUACUAUGACACUGAAAAACUACGUCAGGAAUGGAAAAAAACACUGAAACAGGUGCAACAUAUUUGCAGAUAUCCUGUAGUUAUAGUACAGAAAUCAUUGUACUGGACGAGGCGGAUGCUCAAUCUAUGGAAAAAAUUUCCCUGAAGAAAACCAUAAGUUGAGACAUACUAAAGCAGGCGUUUUAUCAAUGAAAAGAGUGGGCUGGGCCGAAAAUAAUUCCCAGUUUUGCAUAACGUUCAAGAAAAUGGAACGGCUGGACCACAAAAACGUAGUUUUUGGCAAUGUAAUAAAGGGCAAUGAUGUUCUUAUGAAUAUUCAAUACUACGGCCGGAAGAUUGGGAAACCUUUGGAGGCGAUAAUUAUUUCCGACUGUGGAGAAUGUGAUGUAGCUGCUGAGUAAAUAAAAAUAAAAUUCGGACGCAUUUA